AUGUGUCAUCCUAUACAUAGGAUCGGUAAUUUUAUUGCGACGUAUAAAACCGCCGGAAAAACGUAUCCACUGAUUAGACCAUCUUUCGAACUCGAGCACGUAGGCAUCUACGAGCCCAAAUCAUCCUUCAACGAAUCCGGUUUAGUGAUCCUCCCAUAGUCCCCAACUAACCUGGAACCAGCUCAAGAUGCCUAAGCCAGUGGUACAGGUUGGUGGCGACCCCGAUCCCUCCGAAUGGCUCUUCAUUUCGGAGGAGAUGAAACGUGCCGAUCAGAGCAAGCCUUACGACGCCAAGAAGGCCUGCUGGGUUCCCGAUGAGGCCGAGGGCUACCUGCUUGGUGAAAUCAAAGCCACCAAGGGUGAGCUGGUUACGGUUGCGCUGCCCGGCGGCGAGACCAAGGAUUUCAAGAAGGAUCUGGUUGGCCAGGUGAAUCCUCCAAAGUACGAAAAAUGUGAAGAUAUGUCGAAUUUAACCUACCUCAACGAUGCCUCCGUGCUGCAUAACUUGAGAGAACGAUACAGGGCUAGGCUGAUUUAUACCUACUCCGGACUGUUCUGCAUUGUGAUCAACCCGUACAAACGUUGGCCGCUGUACACGUUGCGUGUCGCCAAAAUGUACCGCGGCAAGCGCCGUAAUGAAGUUCCGCCCCAUCUGUUUGCCAUUUCUGACGGUGCCUACGUGAACAUGCUGACCAACAAGGAAAACCAAUCGAUGUUGAUUACCGGCGAGUCUGGUGCAGGAAAAACUGAAAACACCAAGAAGGUCAUUGCGUACUUUGCCACCAUCGGUGCGAGCAAAAAGGAUACCGAAGGCAAGCCCUCCCUGGAGGAUCAGGUCGUCCAGACCAAUCCCGUACUGGAGGCCUACGGUAACGCAAAGACCGUCCGUAAUGAUAACUCGUCGCGUUUCGGUAAAUUCAUUCGCAUUCACUUCACUGCUUCCGGUAAACUGGCUGGUGCCGAUAUUGAGACAUAUUUGCUAGAAAAGGCUCGUGUAAUUUCCCAGCAAACCUUGGAACGGUCAUAUCACAUUUUCUACCAGAUGAUGUCCGGAUCAGUCAAGGGCUUAAAAGAAAUGUGCUUCCUGUCGAAUGACAUCUACGACUAUCACAACGUUGCCCAGGGUAAAGUCACUAUUCCGAAUGUCGAUGACGGUGAGGAAUGUAGACUGACCGACGAAGCCUUCGAUAUCCUCGGUUUCACCCAGGACGAAAAGGACAACAUCUACAGAAUUACCUCCGCUGUUAUGCACAUGGGUGGUAUGAAGUUCAAGCAGAAGGGUCGCGAAGAGCAGGCGGAAGCGGACGGUAUCGAGGAAGGUGACCGGGUUGCCAAGCUGUUGGGUUGCGUUACGGAUGAUCUGUACAAGAACUUGCUCAAGCCCAGGAUCAAGGUCGGCACGGAGUACGUCACCAAGGGUCAGAACAAGGACCAGGUCUACAAUGCCGUCGGUGCCCUUUGCAAGGGUAUUUUCGAUCGUCUGUUCAAGUGGCUGGUCAAGAAGUGUAACGAAACGCUGGACACCAAGCAGAAGCGUGCCCAGUUCAUCGGUGUGCUGGAUAUUGCCGGGUUCGAGAUUUUCGAUUUCAACGGCUUCGAACAGCUCUGUAUUAACUUCACCAACGAGAAAUUGCAACAGUUCUUCAACCAUCACAUGUUCGUCCUGGAACAGGAAGAAUACAAGAAGGAAGGUAUCAACUGGGCUUUCAUUGAUUUCGGUAUGGACUUGCUGGCUUGUAUUGAAUUGAUUGAAAAGCCUAUGGGUAUCCUAUCCAUUCUUGAGGAAGAAUCUAUGUUCCCGAAAGCCACCGAUCAAACCUUUGCCGAGAAGCUGAUGAACAACCAUCUGGGCAAGUCUCCCCCAUUCAUGAAGCCCCGACCACCGAAGCCAGGCAUUCCGGCCGGCCAUUUUGCUAUCGGCCAUUAUGCCGGUGUCGUAUCCUACAACAUCACGGGCUGGCUUGAGAAGAACAAGGAUCCGCUGAACGACACCGUUGUCGAACAGUUCAAGAAGGGUGAAAACGCACUGCUGGUGGAAAUCUUCACGGAAGGUGUACCGGUCGCUGCCGAAGGAGGUCCACCAGCCAAAGGUGGUGGCCGUGGUAAGAAGGGUGCCGCUUUUGCGACCGUGUCUUCGGCCUACAAGGAACAGCUGAACAACUUGAUGAACACGCUGAUGUCAACCUCCCCUCACUUUGUGCGUUGUAUCAUUCCCAAUGAAUUGAAGCAGACCGGUCUCAUUGAUGCUAAAUUGGUUAUGCACCAGCUGACCUGUAACGGUGUGCUUGAAGGCAUUCGUAUUUGUCGUAAGGGAUUCCCCAACAGGAUGAUGUACUCCGAUUUCAAGCAGCGUUACCUCAUCUUGGCUCCAGCUGCCAUGCAGGCUGAAGCGGAACCAAAGAAAGCUGCCGAAAAAUGUUUCGAAGCCAUUCAGUUGGAUCCAGAUUCCUAUCGUAUUGGACAUACAAAGGUAUUCUUCCGCGCCGGUGUCCUGGGUCAGAUGGAGGACUUCCGUGACCAGCGUCUGUCCAAGAUUAUGUCCUGGUUGCAGUCCUGGUGCCGUGGCUAUCUGUGCCGCAUAGAGUUCAAGAAAAUGCAAUCGCAACGCGUCGCACUGGAAGUCGUACAGCGCAAUUUGCGCAAAUACCUCAAACUGCGUACCUGGGCAUGGUGGAAACUGUGGCAGAAGGUGAAGCCUCUGCUGAACGUUUCCCGCGUUGAGGAUCAGAUUGCUAAACUCGAAGAGAAGGCCCAGAAAGCCACGGAAGCGUUUGAGAAGGAAGAGAAACUCCGCAAGGAACUCGAGGCCAUGAACAGUAAACUCUUGGCAGAAAAGACUGCCCUGUUGGAUUCCCUGUCUGGUGAAAAGGGAGCCCUACAGGAGUACCAAGAAAAGGCAGCCAAACUGACCGCGCAGAAGAACGACCUCGAGAACCAACUGCGAGAUACUCAGGAACGCUUGGCACAGGAAGAGGACGCCCGUAACCAACUCUUCCAGACCAAGAAGAAACUUGAGCAGGAAAUUUCCGGCCAAAAGAAGGAUGCCGAAGACCUUGAGCUGCAGAUUCAGAAGAUCGAGCAGGACAAGGCUUCCAAGGAUCACCAAAUCCGGAACUUGAACGAUGAAAUCGCUCACCAGGAUGAACUGAUCAACAAGCUGAACAAGGAAAAGAAGAUGCAAGGUGAAGUGAACCAGAAAACUGCAGAAGAACUACAGGCCGCGGAAGACAAAGUCAACCAUUUGAACAAAGUUAAGGCCAAGCUGGAACAAACCCUCGAUGAACUGGAAGACUCUCUGGAACGCGAGAAGAAACUACGUGGUGAUGUCGACAAGGCUAAGCGUAAAGUUGAAGGUGACCUCAAGUUGACCCAAGAGGCCGUUUCCGAUCUUGAGCGCAGCAAGAAAGAGAUGGACCAAACCAUCAUGCGCAAGGAUAAGGAAAUCUCCGCGCUGUCUGCCAAGCUAGAAGAUGAACAAAAUCUGGUCGGCAAACUGCAAAAACAAAUCAAGGAAUUGCAGGGUCGCAUCGAAGAGCUCGAAGAAGAGGUGGAAGCCGAACGUCAAGCACGUGCCAAGGCUGAGAAGCAACGUGCAGAUUUGGCACGAGAACUUGAAGAACUGGGUGAACGUCUGGAGGAAGCCGGUGGCGCUACUUCAGCUCAGAUCGAACUGAACAAGAAACGUGAAGCCGAACUUGCCAAGUUGCGUCGUGAUUUGGAGGAAGCGAACAUACAGCAUGAGGGUACCUUGGCCAACCUGCGUAAGAAGCAUAACGAUGCGGUUGCCGAAAUGGCGGAACAGGUGGAUCAGUUGAACAAACUGAAAACGAAAGCGGAACACGACCGUGCCAACAUGUACAACGAGCUGAACAACACUCGAUCUGCCUGUGAUCAGCUAUCACGUGAAAAGGCCGCCCAAGAAAAGAUUGCCAAGCAACUGCAGCACACACUGAACGAAGUACAAGGCAAGCUAGACGAAACCAAUCGUACUCUCAAUGACUUUGAUGCCGCCAAGAAGAAGCUUUCGAUCGAAAACUCUGACUUACUCCGUCAACUGGAGGACGCCGAAUCGCAAGUCUCGCAACUGAGCAAGAUCAAGAUUUCGCUUACGCAGCAGCUCGAGGACACCAAGCGCUUGGCCGAUGAAGAAGCUCGUGAACGUGCCACCCUUCUUGGUAAGUUCCGAAACUUGGAACAUGAUCUGGACAAUCUCCGCGAACAGGUUGAGGAAGAAGCGGAAGGCAAGGGAGAUAUCCAACGGCAGCUCAGCAAAUCUAACGCUGAAGCGCAGUUGUGGCGCAGCAAGUACGAAUCCGAAGGAGUUGCCCGUGCAGAAGAGUUGGAGGAAGCUAAGAGGAAACUUCAAGCUCGUCUUGCCGAAGCUGAGGAAACUAUUGAAUCUCUCAAUCAGAAGUGUGUUGCUUUGGAGAAGACUAAGCAGCGCCUAUCUACUGAAGUAGAGGACCUGCAGCUUGAGGUUGACCGAGCAUCAUCGAUAGCGAAUGCCGCCGAAAAGAAACAGAAAGCAUUUGAUAAGAUCAUCGGCGAGUGGAAGCUGAAGGUUGACGAUCUGGCUGCUGAAUUGGAUGCAUCCCAAAAAGAAUGCCGAAACUAUUCCACGGAACUGUUCCGACUCAAAGGUGCUUACGAAGAAGGUCAAGAGCAACUUGAAGCUGUACGCCGAGAAAACAAGAACUUGGCUGAUGAAGUCAAGGAUCUGUUGGACCAAAUCGGCGAGGGAGGCCGAAACAUUCAUGAGAUUGAAAAGUCUCGUAAACGGUUAGAAGCCGAGAAGGAUGAACUACAGGCGGCUCUGGAAGAAGCCGAAGCCGCGCUAGAGCAGGAAGAAAACAAGGUUCUGCGGGCGCAAUUGGAAUUGUCUCAGGUUCGUCAGGAAAUUGACAGACGUAUUCAAGAGAAGGAAGAAGAGUUCGAAAAUACGCGCAAGAACCACCAGCGAGCCCUCGAUUCCAUGCAAGCAUCGCUAGAAGCUGAAGCCAAGGGCAAGGCUGAAGCUUUGCGUAUGAAGAAGAAAUUGGAAGCUGAUAUUAAUGAGCUUGAAAUUGCUUUGGAUCAUGCAAAUAAGGCUAAUGCAGAGGCACAAAAGAACAUCAAACGUUAUCAACAGCAACUGAAGGACCUACAGGGUGCUCUUGAAGAGGAACAGAGGGCACGCGAUGAUGCUCGAGAACAGCUUGGAAUCUCAGAGCGCCGUGCCAAUGCUCUGCAAAACGAGCUGGAAGAAUCGCGAACAUUGCUGGAACAGGCUGAUCGAGGCCGUCGCCAAGCAGAACAGGAACUCAGCGACGCGCACGAGCAGCUGAACGAAGUAUCAGCGCAAAACGCAUCGAUCGGUGCCGCCAAGAGAAAACUUGAGUCUGAACUGCAAACGUUACACUCCGAUCUCGAUGAGCUGUUGAACGAAGCUAAGAAUUCUGAAGAAAAGGCCAAAAAGGCUAUGGUUGAUGCUGCUCGCUUGGCUGAUGAACUAAGAGCAGAGCAAGAUCAUGCGCAAACUCAAGAAAAACUACGCAAAGCCCUCGAACAGCAGAUCAAGGAACUCCAAGUGCGGUUAGAUGACGCGGAAACGAACGCUUUGAAGGGAGGAAAGAAGGCUAUUCAGAAACUGGAACAGCGUGUGCGCGAAAUUGAAUCUGAGCUGGACAGCGAACAAAGGAGGCACGCCGAUGCACAGAAGAACUUGAGGAAAUCGGAGCGCCGUAUUAAGGAGCUCACCUUCCAAUCGGAGGAGGACCGCAAGAACCACGAACGAAUGCAGGAUCUCGUCGACAAAUUACAGCAGAAGAUCAAAACAUACAAGAGGCAGAUUGAGGAAGCUGAGGAAAUUGCCGCAUUAAAUCUCGCUAAAUUCCGCAAGGCUCAGCAGGAACUGGAAGAAGCAGAAGAGCGAGCUGACAUCGCCGAACAGGCAGCGACAAAGUUCCGCUCAAAAGGAGCACGGGGAGGCUCGGCGCAGCGGGGUGGAAGUCCAGCAUUAAGCACAGUAUAAAUGUCAGUGGUACGUCAGACCAACUUUUCUAUCGUCAGCAGACGUAUGUAGCAGCAUUAAUGCAAAACCAAUUGCAUAGUAUGAAGAUUCCGUUUUUUUACGAUGAGCUAAUUUUAGGAUGGCAGGAUACAUUGAGCGACGAAACAAUAUCUAUUUAUUAGAUAUAAAGUAAAAACAUUUAUGAUUAGUUUUAUAAAUAACAAGAUGCGAAUAUAUAAGAGACGUGCAAAUUA